UUCAAAUUCAUUCCACAGAGUAAUCUCGAGUUCCCAAACCCUAACCCCGUCGAUUUCCCCAUUUCCCAUAUUCAUUUUUCUCGUCUUGCUGUCUCGAUGGAGGGCUACGGGUCGGGUCAAACGCCGUGCGGGCCGGGGCGGCGGAUGGAAAUAGUUAGCGGGAAGAACACGAGCGUCGUCGCAUCCAAUCAGAUCUUCUCCGGCUCGCCUGAUUUACCGCCUGUUCCGGCUCGGACGAGUCAAGCGUCGUCGAACUCGAAGCCGUGGGGUUUUACGGAUCCCGAGAUGAAGAGGAAGAAGAGGAUAGCCAAGUACAAGGUUUACACCGUGGAAGGGAAAAUGAAGGCCUCUUUGAGGAAAGGUUUUCGUUGGAUCAAGAACAAGUGCUCGCAGAUCGUCCGUGGAUAUUAAAAGCGGCGGAAGCACGGCUCAGAUUGUGUACACGUCGGAUAGAGAGUGGGACCCGAUGAAAUCGAUGGUUUAGACAUUUUUGGGCUAGAAACAAA